AUUUUUUUGUUACCAACUUGGGUCCUUUGUUUUCUGCGUCAGGUUUCCUAUCUCUGUCUCAAGUUAAUUUUGCUUUGGCUUUCUUGGAUUCUUUGAUUUAUGUUUCAGGCCUUCUGUCACUGUCUCGGGUUCUUUAA